AUGCAUGCUCUGCACAAGAUUCUGCUUUUUCAUGUUCUGACAUGUCUCAGGGGAAAAGCACGUGGGAGUGAAAUCAUAAACGGGGAAAAAACCCCGGAGAAUUCAAUGCUGUAUAUGGUCUCUCUGCAGAACAACGGAGGACAACAUGUGUGUGGAGGAUUCCUAAUCAAUGAAGACUUUGUGCUCACUGCUGCACACUGUGAUGACGGCAGCAUUACACGUGUUGUUCUUGGCACCCACAAUCUCAAGAACAUUAACUACGUAAACAUAAGAAACAUUCAACAGAGAUACAAACACCCAUAUUAUCAGACAGUAGGAAAGGGAAAGGACAUCAUGCUCCUCAAACUGGCUGAGAAGGCUCGACUGGACAACAGAGUCCAGACAAUUCCACUUCCCAGACCUGAAACAAACAUAAAUCAAAACCAAAGGUGCCGUGUAGCUGGAUGGGGUUCCAUAAAAACUAAUGGUAGCGUUGUUGAUGAUCUGAGAGUGGUGGAUGUGUCUAUCUUCAACCUGCAAGUCUGUAAGGAGAAAUGGUCUCGUCUUCCUCUUCCUGACAGUGUUAUCUGUGCAGGUGGAUAUAAGACCAACAAAGGAUUCUGUCAGGGUGAUUCUGGUGGUCCUCUGGUGUGUGACGGGAAGGCUGUUGGAGUCGUGUCUUUCAACAACAACAAAAACUGUAACUACCCAAAUGUGCCCAACGUCUACACGGAGACCUCAAAAUAUCUUGGCUGGAUCAAAAGCAUCAUCAAACCUUAUGAGUAA